UCAUUCACUGUUGCAGAACAUCCGGACGGCUCGCUUGGACGACACAAGUCACAAGCGCAGCAGUGCUUGGAGUCUUGGGAGUCCGGCCUCCCUUUCCCUCGUCUUCCAGUACAAGCAGACAUUUGUCUGUCACCUUGCUCACACUCCAUACAGAUCAAAAGCUUCAGCCUUCAGGAGCGUUCCCAGCUUCUUGAAAGAAGAAAGAACGCCGCUCUCUUCUCCUCCAUAGCUGGCCUCUGCCCUCAAAUCUACUCGCUUGUGCUGAGACGAGCAGGGAGGGGAGGAGCAUAAAGCACGGCACGGGUGGCCCGACCGGUGGCUGCACCCAUUCCCGUCAGCGCAGUGCAGCCGGCUAUGGAGAGGGAGGAGGAGCAGCGGCAGCGGCGGCAGCAGCAGCAGCAGGCGGCGCCUUUGACUGUGAGCUGCCGCCCGCCUUGGCUCCAUGCGGCCAUUGCAGAUAUCGAGCAGCGGGUGCGCGCGCUGGCGGUGGACGAGGCGGCCACGGAGCACUCCUUCGCGGAGCGCGCCGAGAACUACUACCACAGGCGGCCGCAGCUGCUCGCGCUCCUCACCGACCUACACCACCGCUACCUCUACCUCGCCGACCGCUACUCCCAGUCCCUCCACGCCAAGCACCACGCCUCCGACUGCUCCUCCGACGUCGACGACCGCUCCUCCGACGCCGACAGCUCGCUCUCCUUCCAGCAGCCGCUCACCAGCGUCACUGUCACAAACGAUGACGUCGCUCCCGCCGACCUACUCGUGACGGAGCUGGUGCUGGUGUGGGUGGACCGCGGCAUCCUGGCGGACGAGGCCGAGCGCCGGAGGACGGAGUCGGCGCGGAAGAUCGAGCUGCAGGGGAGCCUCGUGGAGGUGCUGGAGUCGGAGCGCCUGGUGCUCCUGGGUGAGAACGCGCGGCUGGGGUUCCGCGCGUUGGCGGCUGAGGAGGAGGCCGCCGCCGCCGCCGCCGAGCUGGGCUACAUGCGUCGGCGCGCGGCGGAGAUGGCGCGGCAGGUGGUGAAGCUGCGCGAGGACCACCGCGUGUGCAUGCUGGGCCGCAAGAUCGAGGCGCUGCAGGCGCAGGUGUACGGGCUGGAGCUGCGGAACCGGGAAUGCUACGAGGCGAUGGCGGCGUGGGAGGCCGAGCGGAAGGUGGGCGCCGCCGAGAUGGAGAGGCUCCGCGUGGAGAACCGGCGGCUGGCCGCGGUCGCAGCGGCGGUGGCGCGGCGGAAGCGGAAGGGUAGCAGCGGCGGGUGGUGGUCGAGGGUGCGGCUAGCGGCGGCCGGGGAGCAGAUGAAGGGGAAGGGCGGCGGCGGCGGCUGCUUCUGCAUCUAGAGCCGUCGGCGAUUUGGUCCUCUCUUGUUUGGCCCUUGGUUUGUGGCGAUAUUAUUAUAUUAUUAUGGCCAGGGAGAGAGGGUUUAACUGCCGAUAUAAUAAUAUUAUAUAUAUAUAAUAUUGUUAUGAAGGUGUAAAAUUAUUAGUGUAAAUUGGACUGUACUAGUCGUAGGUGUAGUAGAGUAGAUAUGAAUUCCAUCGACGGACGGAAUGGAUGUUGCUGCCAAACUGAGGAAGCUCCGGGUGACGAGAGUUGAGCCGAGGAUGUUGCCUUGCCCGCCCACCGGAAGCAAUUUCGUAGGACAGGGAAAUUUUAUAGAAGCCUGUGAUGACACGUAUUUAGGAUCAUGAGAUACAUAGCAUAGAUGUACUCUCAUGAGAAUCUAUCUUAUAGAAUU